CGCAAUAAACAUGGCAACUUUUAAUCCCCAUUCAUACCAACGAGAUACCAGUCAGCCCACUGCAGAGUACACGUCAUUUCCGCCCUGCGCUACAAACCCGCUGUAUAGAGGUUGAGAUCAUUACAGUAAAAGGAAGAAGCUGGCUGCACAACAUUUAUUUGCUAUUCUGUACAUUGGGAAAGUGCUGAAAAAUGAAGAAGAAAUCAGUUAUGAAACGUAAUAAUGGGAGUUUGGAUGGAAAGAAGCAUGAAACAAAAUGCCUGCAGAAGCCAGGCAGUGUAGAACCUCCACCUAAAAGACCGAGGGGACGACCUAAAGGAAGCAAAAGCAAGCGUACAGCCAAAUCUGUGCAAAAGACACCAGUACAAUUUGAAGAUGUGGCUAUAUAUUUCACUGAAGAUGAAUGGAAUUACUUGGAGGAAGGGCAGAAGAGUCUUUACAGAGAUGUCAUGAUGGACAAUUACCAGACCCUCAGCUCAGUGGGUUGUGUUACAGUGAAGCCGAAUAUUAUAGUUAAAAUUGAGCAAGGAGAGGACACUUUCUUUGUAACUACACCUUCUCCAACAAAAAAGGCCAAGAAGAAACCUUUAACUGCCCUAAACACUUCUAUGAUGAGUAAUGAUGAUUUUGAGAACCGUGAUUAUUACCUGAGUAUCGAAAAAUGUGAACCCAUUGAAAAGAGACCGAAAAUUAUAAAAGAGUCACCCGAUAAACUAAAUUCUGUGCCCAUGCUCAAUAUUACAAAGGUAGAGAUAUUAAAUGAAGGACGUCGAUUAAGAAAGUCUUCAGCUAGUCAUAAGGAAACAUGGAGUCCAGUAGCUAUAGAAAGCUUAGAGAUGGAAACCUCAGAAGAGAGUGAGUGUGUGGAAAACUUUUUUGAUGAGGCUGAUGAGGCAGAUGAGGAAUUUCUCCCGGGAUCAAAAAAGAGAACAAGGCAGUAUACGUGCAAUCAAUGUGGGAAAAACUUUGGUCGCAGCUCUGUCCUUCGAAGACACCAGAGAGCUCAUUCUGGAGUUAAACCCUAUUUGUGCGCAGAAUGUGGGAAAAGUUUUGUUCAAAAAUCUCAGCUGAUAGAACAUCAGCGAACUCACACCGGAGAGAAGCCUUACGCUUGUUCUGAGUGUGAUAGGACAUUUAGUCUUUGUUCACAUCUUGUUCAGCACCGGAGAAUCCACACUGGGGAAAGGCCGUAUGUCUGUAGUGAAUGUGGAAAAACUUUUAUUCGUGGGUCAGACCUUGUCCAACACCGUAGAAUCCAUACAGGUGAAAGGUUGUUUGCUUGUACAGAAUGUGAAAAACGAUUUACUCAUCAGUCAGCCCUUCGUCAGCAUCGGAGAAUUCAUUCGGGGGAGAGGCCAUAUAGUUGUGAUAAAUGUGAUAAACGUUUUAAUCACAGUUCGCACCUUGUAAGGCACCUUAGAACUCAUACAGGAGAGAAGCCAUAUUCCUGCACAGAAUGUGGAAAGAGCUUUACAGACAGUUCACAUCUGAUUAACCAUCAGAGAACACACACAGGGGAAAAGCCCUAUAACUGUAAUGAAUGUGGUAAAACCUUCACCUACAAUGCAGGUCUCAUACUACAUAAAAGAACUCACACAGGAGAAAGACCAUAUGUUUGCAACAAGUGUGGGAAAAGCUUUAAAGGCAGUACACACCUUCUUAGACAUAUGAGGAUACAUACAGGCGAGAGGCCAUAUGUAUGUACCGAUUGUGGGAAAACUUUUACUGACAGUUCUCACCUGGUCAGCCACAAGCGUAGACACACGGGUGAAAGGCCUUACCCAUGCACAGAAUGCGGGAAAAGUUUUUCUAUGAAAUCAUAUCUUGUUCAGCAUCAAAUUAUUCACACAGGAGAAAGGCCAUAUGAUUGUACAGAGUGUGGGAAAUCAUUUAAAUGGUAUACUGCUCUUAUGCAGCAUCAGAGGAUUCACCUGGGUGAGAGGCCGUAUGAGUGUACGGAAUGUGGGAAAGGGUUUAUAUCCUCAAAAUAUUUUAUAGUUCAUCAGAGAACACACACAGGGGAGAGACCAUAUGAAUGCACUAUAUGUGGAAAAAAAUUUACCCAGAGUUCUAGUUUGGCUCGACACCUUAGGGUCCACUCAGAGGUUAAACCUUUUAUGUGUACAGAUUGUGGAAAAAGUUUUAGUCAAAAUUCCCACCUGGUAACUCACCAGAGAAUUCACACAGGUGAAAGACCUUACAGCUGUAAUGAAUGUGGAAAAUGUUUUAGUGGAAGUUCGAACCUUGUCAAGCACAAAAAGGUCCAUGCUGGAGAAAAGUCCUGGCACUGUCCAGGAUGUGGAAAAAGCUUUACUUGCAGUUCACAGCUCCGUACACACCUCAGAGUUCACACCAACGAAAAACCCUACGCUUGUGAAAUAUGCGGAAAAUGCUUUAGUAGCAGCUCAAAUCUGGUCACCCAUCAAAGAGUCCAUACAGGGGAGAGACCUUAUAAAUGCACUGAAUGUGGGAAGAGAUUUACUCAGAGCUCCAGUCUGGUUGUGCAUUGGAGAGUGCAUACUGUAGAGAAGCUUUUUACAUGCUCAGAUUGCGGCAAAAGCUUUAGUCAUAACUCUCUUCUCAUCAAGCACCAGAAAAUCCACACAGAGGAAAGGCCCUAUGUUUGUGUAGAGUGUGGAAAAGGUUUCACAGGCAGUUCUGCUCUUGUUAGACAUCAGCGAGUUCAUACUGAAGAGAGACCCUUUACUUGCAGUGAAUGUGGGAAAAGGUUUAAGGACAAAUCAAGUCUUGUAAGACACAAUAGAAUCCAUGCAGACGAGAAACCAUAUGCAUGUGCAAGCUGUGGCGAAGUGUUUAGUGAUGGGGCUACUUUGUUGGAACAUCUUCGCAUCCACAUUCCUACAGAUUAAAUUAAAUAGACAAAUUAUGAAAUAUUUUUUAGCAGUUCUUACGUAAAAACAGUCUUAUCCAAUUAUCUUCAGUGAAACAUGUAUUUAUUGAUCUAAGAUCAAAGCUCUUUAUAAACAUUAAAGGGACAUGUUACCCAAUUACUGAAUCAUGAAAGUGGUGCAGCAUAUUUAUAAAAAGCUGACUAGAAAAUUUUACAUGAACAUCUUUAUGUAAAAAAGGAAAACAUUUUACCUCAAAAUUUCCUCAUCCCGCUGUAAAGGGACUUUAAGAAACCAAUCAGGAUGCUUACCCCGGGACUUGCAAGGGAGGGUGCAUCUUACAUGUGCAGGCACAGUCACUUUAUUUUCCUCCUCAGUGUAAGGAAAUCUACUAUUUAAUCUUGGGAUUUAUUGAGAUCACAAUAAAGCAGAGUGUGAACUCAGAUCUGAUAAAUGCUGAUUGGCUAUUUUUUUUUCAUUAUGCAGAUGACAGUAGCUGAAGAAUAACUGCUCACAAGAGCACUUACUCUGGUGAGCUGAAGACAUUUUGAGGUAAAAUAUCUUCCAUUUUUACAUUGAGGUGUUCAUGUCAUAAUUGAUAGCUUUUUUACACAUAUGCUAUAUCAUGUUCAAGUGAUUUAACAUAUGGGUAACGUACCAAAAUCAGUAUUCAUUGUUAAUUACUUUAUUGGCUUUUAAUUUCAGUAAUCUUG